AUGGCAUCCUGCGACAAUCCCAACGUCGACAGCGAUGCUCUUAUGACACGUCGACAGAAAUAUGACGGCAAGACUAAAAUUUGCGUUAAGUGCAAGGAAGGAGCGGGAAACAUCGUCAUCCGUUAUGCUGUCUAUUGCAAGACUUGCUUCUUUCCCCUCAUUCAAAUGCGCUUCAAAAAAUCACUCGAACCCUCCAUAAAUCCAGUCCCAGAUGGUGCACGACGGAAGACCCUCAAAGCAGGCGGAUCCCUCGUUGUAGCGUUCUCCGGCGGGACUGGGUCAACCGCAUUGCUCGAUCUGGUUGCCAAGACAUAUUUCCCUGUGCGCAAUAAUGGCGAAACGCUCAAAGGUGGUAAAGACCAUCCACGCAAUGCAGACCAAGGCGUCUGGAAGGGCAAACCGGCUGUAUGCUACGUCGAAGUGUGUGGUGCGUUUCCAGGAGAAAAGGAUAGGACAGAGGAGAUCCAGAACAUGGUCCAAAGGUAUCUGGGUCAACCUUUCGAAUACAUACCCCUCCGUUUGGAGGACUCUUUUGAUCCGAUGUGGUGGUCAACGAUUCGAGGAGGAGAAUCGGCUUCCUUUGCACGGACUCUAAGACUGGAUAUGACGGACGAAGACCUACGGUUGACUGAGGCUUCUUCAUCCUCCUUCAAUGACUCACCUCUGAAUCGAUUGAAAGCCUAUCUAUCAUCCCUUCCCACCCAGACCGCCUUCCACAGCGCGAUCCAAAACCUCAUCAGACUGCUCCUCCUUCACAUCGCCGCCUCACGCAAAGCAUCCCAUCUACUUCUCGGAACGUCCUUGACAUCCUUGUCUGUAAACCUGAUAUCUGGGAUCUCGCAGGGGACAGGUUUCUCGGUAUCCGAGGAGGCGAAAGAAGAGUGGUAUCCACAACCAGGACGAGGAAUGCCUGUGCGUGUUAUCCGCCCUCUGCGUGACAUCGGCAUGAAGGAGUGCGCGAUGUGGGAUUGGUGGUGUGGGUUGAGGGUCGAUGGACAAACACGUCAUCUGAACGGAAGCUGGAAGCAUGCAAUAGGUGCCUUGGCCAGAGACUUCAUCUUCGGACUUGAGACCGACUACCCUGCUACAGUGUCUACGAUUGCUCGCACCUGUGCAAAGCUCGCCCCCAAGCACGGUUCUGAGGGCACCUGCGUUCUAUGCGAGCGCCCUGCUCAAGACGGUGUUCAGGAAUGGAAGAGCCGGAUAUCAAUCCGCUCGUACUCAGAGGCGUCCUCAGCCGUCUCUGGCAAUACCCGACCUCCACAUCUCAACGAGGAGGAAAUCUCCAACCUUACGAAGCCGUCAGCUUCCUCCACCCCUGCGAACUCUUCCUUGACGCCCCAUCUAUGCUAUGCGUGUCACACACUCCUUACAAGUCGUAGCAACCGAGGGACAUCGGCGCCUCUACCUACCGGCCGAGCUGCUGAGAAAAUAUCCCUGCCUGUCUGGGUGAACGCGACUCUCGCCGCCUCGCGAUCGCCUGGUGGCGAUGAGGAUUCGACGCCAGGCGAGGUUGUUCAGACCAUCAAAAUGAGGAGGGUGGAUAUGAAGUCCCAGAUAUCAGAGCUUCUACUUGCAGACGAUUAA